AUGGCAAAUAAAGCAGAGCUGUGUACUCUUGAACUCCACCACUUUGGUCUGUUGGAGAAUGACGUGUAUAAGGGAGGCAAAGUAUUGGUGUUGUAUUACCAUGAUCCUACUCAUAACAACGAGCUAGAGAGUGAAGAUGAAGAGCAAGAACAGCAUAGUGAAGAUGUUGGCAAUGAAGAGGAAGAGCAGGAAAAAGAGCAUGUUAUUGUUGACAGUGAAGAUGAAUUAAGUGAAGAAGAAAAUGGUAAUCAAGAGACUGCAUCAAGAGCACAAGAUAUUCACGAUGCACCAAAUGUUAAAUAUGCACAAUGUUUUGAAGAGAUGAAUGAAAUGCCUCUUAAUGAAGCCACAAGGGAGAUAUCAGAUGAUGAUGAAGAUAGUGAUUGA